AUGCUUAAUAACCAUUUUCUUUGCCAUGAUCCGGAUGGCUGGGGUCCAUGGAGACCGAAUAUAACUGAUCCCGAUCUUGCUUUAUGCUUCACCGAAGGGGUCUUCAUCAUGCCAAUAAACAUUUUAAUGUUAACUUUUGGUUCUCUCGAGUUUUAUCAUCUUCUUAAAAAAUCAGCUGUUAUUCCAAGUCAUGGAUUACGAAAUUGGCACUAUUUUUUAGAGAGGAUUGCUCUAUCAUCCCUCGUUAUCCUCAGCAUAAUUAUGUUGAUGUUAAAUCUAAAGUAUAGUGAAUGGCAAAUAAUGGACUUGUUUGUUAUUUCUGCUAUCGUUAACUUAGUUGCAAUGGCAACGGCCUAUACCAACAGUCAUUCUGCAUCUUCUGUCUUACUGCUAUAUUGGCUUUUCUAUAUAGUCAUAGAAGUUGUCAAAUUGCGUACAUGGAUUAAAGUGGAUUAUUUUGGCAUCUAUCCUUUGCGAUUUUACAGUUUUUUGGCAUCAAUUUUAUUGGUCAUGUUUGUAUUUGUGUUGGAAUUACUUCCUAAACCAAAGGCCGAAUAUGAGUUUAUUGAAGAUGAUAAUUCUAAAGAUUCUCCAGAAGAAAAUGCCAACAUUUUUUCACGGUUGACUUUUUAUUGGAUGACACCGCUGAUGAAAUUGGGUCACGGAAAAUAUUUAGUUCUUUCUGACCUAUGGAAUUUAAGUUCUGAAGAUCGAGCAAAAAAGGUUUCCGCAAAAUUUGAAGCUGCCUGGCAAAAAGAACUAUCAAAAAAAAAUCCUUCUCUAUUUAAGGCUCUCGUUAUUUCAUUCGGUGGGCCAUUUGCUUUUGCUGCGCUCUUCAAAAUUGUUCAGGAUAUGUUAAAUUUUGUGCAACCUCAAUUAUUGAAGCAAAUUAUGAUCUUUGUAAGCAACCAAAAUGAUGUGAACAAACCUCCUAUGCUAUGGGGUUAUUAUAUUGCAGCAAUGAUGUUUUUGACUGCAAUUCUUCAAACCAUGUUUUUACAACAAUAUUUCCACAUAUGUGCGGUGACUGGAAUGAGGGCACGUGCUGGAUUGGUAACCAUAAUUUAUAAAAAAGCCCUUCGUCUUUCAAAUAAUGCGCGUCAAGGUUCAACAAUUGGUGAAAUUGUCAACCAUAUGAGUGUUGAUACUCAAAAAAUCGUGGACUUGAGCAUGUAUUUACACAUUGCAUGGUCUGGCCCCCUACAAAUAACUAUUGCUUUAUACUUUUUAUAUCAAACCAUGGGUGUGAGUGCAUUUGCUGGUGUAGCUAAUGAAAUUCUUAAUGGCAUCAAAGUUAUUAAACUUUAUGCUUGGGAAUCUGCCUUUUUAAAAAGGAUUGUUGAAGUAAGAAAUAAUAGAGAACUUAGUACCCUUAAAAAACUUGGUUAUCUAGCUUCCGUACAGAGUUUUACUUGGGCUGCUACACCCUUCUUGGUGUCUUUUGCCACUUUUGCCGUUUAUGUCAUGAUAUCUGAUAAACCGUUAACAGCUGAAGUUGUGUUUGUAGCUUUGGCGUUGUUCAAUCUACUCCAAUUUCCACUUGCUUUGUUUCCAAUUGUAAUCGCUGCCAUUGUCGAAGCAUCUGUUGCUAUUGGUCGCAUUAGUAAAUUUUUGAAGGCCGAAGAACUUGAUCCUAAUGCUAUAACUCGCGAACAAUAUAUAAACACCGAUUCAAACCAUUCAAAAAAUGGUGUAGAAUUAAUAUCUGUUAAGAAUGGAACUUUUAAAUGGUCACAAAGUUCAUUGACUCCAGUUUUAGAAGAUAUUAAUUUUAGUGUUAGAAAAGGUGAACUAGUAGCUAUUGUUGGAAAAGUCGGUGCCGGUAAGUCUUCAUUAUUAUCCGCUCUCUUAGGUGAAAUGGAAAAAAUAUCCGGUGAAGUUACUAUUCGCGGAUACACUGCUUAUGCGCAACAGUCAGCUUGGAUCAUGAACGCUACUCUUAGAGAUAAUAUUACUUUUGGACUUCCAUACGAUCCCAAAUUUUAUGAAGAGGUCAUUGAAGCAUGUAGUUUGAAACCUGAUAUAGAAAUUUUGCCAGGUGGUGAUUUAACAGAAAUUGGUGAAAAGGGAAUUAAUCUUUCUGGUGGACAAAAGGCUAGAAUCUCGCUUGCUCGUGCAGUUUACGCGCGUGCUGAUGUUUAUUUAUUCGAUGAUCCCUUAUCUGCUGUUGAUGCACAUGUUGGAAAACACAUAUUUGAUCAUGUUAUUGGUCCAAAUGGACUUCUUCGGACAAAGGCUCGAGUGUUUGUUACUAAUGGAAUACAUUUCCUUUCUCGCACAAGUUCGCUUAUCAUGUUGCGGGAAGGAAAAAUCGUUGAACAAGGACAUUUUGAUACUUUGAUGAAACAAAAACAGGAUUUACACAGCUUAAUUAUUGAAUAUGGUCAACAAUCUUCUGAAGAUAUUGAGGAAGUACAAAGUCCAGAUAUAGUAGAAACUUACGAAAUUGAUGAGUCAAAUAUUGACACUGAAGAAAUUUCUCGAAGUCCACGAGAAAGACGAGUUAGUGUAAUGAGUUUACGUCGGCGACCUUCUCUUCUUACUACUAUUACUAAUAAACCAGAAGUUGAACGUGGAAAGGACGCUCUUAUUCUAAGUGAAGACAUUAUCAAAGGCAAAGUUUCAUGGGAUGUUUAUAAGACAUAUAUGAAUUCAUGCUCGUUUUCUGCAGUAGUAGUGUUUGUGUUCAUGUUGAUGAUCUCUCAAAGCGCUCAAAUCGGCAUGAACGUAUUCCUUAAAUAUUGGAGUUCACAAAGUGAUAACAGUAGCAAUAGUUUGUUUUAUUUAUCUAUAUAUUGCGCUAUUGGUCUUACAUAUUCUCUGUUGACCAUUAUUCAUACUAUAAUACUUUGGGUAUUUUGUGCUAUUAGAGCCGCUCGUAUUUUGCAUGAUAAAAUGUUGAAUAGUGUUGUGAGAGAAUUAAAAAGAUUGGAUUCUUUAACAAGGUCGCCUAUUUAUUCCCAUUUUCAGGAAACUUUGGGAGGUGUCACUACUAUUCGUGCUUAUCAACAAUCACAACGAUUCAUUAUUGAAAAUGAGACUCGAUUGGACGAAAAUCAAAAAGCCUUUUAUCCAUCUGUAUCUUGUAAUAGAUGGUUAGCUGUUCGAUUAGAAUUUAUAGGGUCUUUGAUUAUUUUUAGUGCAUCACUUUUGGCCGUUAUUUCAUCCGUGACCACCAACAGUAUUGAUGCUGGACUUGUUGGUUUAUCAUUAUCUUAUGCGCUUAGUGUUACACAGGCUUUGAAUUGGGUUGUUCGACAAUUCUGUGAAAUAGAGACAAAUAUUGUAUCGGUAGAAAGAGCAAAAGAGUAUAUUGAUUUACCUAGUGAAGCACUUCUAGUCAUAGAUAAUAAUCGUCCUUCACCUGCGUGGCCUCAAAAUGGGUUAGUUGAAUAUAAAGAGUAUUCAACUCGGUAUAGGCCUGGCCUUGAAUUAGUAUUAAAGGGAGUGUCAUUCGUGGUAAAACCAAAAGAAAAAAUUGGAAUAGUUGGAAGAACAGGAGCUGGAAAGUCUAGUUUAACAUUAAGUUUAUUCAGAUUAAUAGAGGCAGCUGGUGGUGCUAUUAUUGUGGACGGCAUGGAUAUAUCAAAAAUCGGGUUAUAUGAUCUUCGUUCACGUCUUACCAUCAUUCCUCAAGAUCCAACUCUCUUCGAAGGAACCGUUCUAUUUAAUCUUGACCCAUUCUCAACACGCAAUGAUGUGGAGGUUUGGCAAGCACUUCAAAGUGCACAUUUGAAAGAUUAUAUCUCUCAAUUAGAUGACAAAUUACAUGCUAAAGUUUUAGAAGGUGGAGAUAAUUUUAGUCAAGGACAAAGACAACUUCUAUGUUUAGCAAGGGCAUUAUUACGGAGGUCACCUAUUAUUGUUUUGGAUGAAGCUACUGCAUGCGUUGAUGUUGAAACGGAUGCUAAAAUACAAAAAACUAUUCGAACUGAAUUUAAUUGGGCUACAUUGUUAUGUAUUGCUCAUAGAUUAAGAACAAUAAUAGACUACGAUAGGGUUUUGGUUCUCGAUCGAGGAAAAGUGGCGGAAUUUGAUACACCAUAUAAUCUACUUCAAAAUAAAAGCAGUGAAAUAAGUCAUCGACUUCGACAAGAAUUAGUAAACAGUUCAAAUGAUCAGUUGUCUCAAGUAACUCGUGUUUUAUCACAAACAAGCAGUGGGUUGGAUAAAGUUGACAAAAUUGAAACACGCGAUAAUAUAAAAGCAAUUGAACGAGAUUUAAAAUCUAUGAAACAGCUUGUAUUUAAGCUAGAUCCAAGUUUUGUACCUGAUGUUAGAGGUGUAAACAGCUAG